UUAUGUCCCUUGCCUAGCUCUUCUUUUCAAGUUGCUCUCGUGGAAGAGCAGGUGAACGACUGUGUAUAUAGUUCCAUUCUCAUUCACAUCUGCUGGACUGCAAACCUCGUCUUCCUCGAGGAAUCGCGCUCAACAACAGAAAAAAAAAACAACAACAACUUAUAAUAACAACUCAAGAACUCGAAAAUAACAUCACCGAUUUUUAUUUUGUCAUGGCUUCUGAAGAGAAUUUCGAUACAGGAGAUGCAGGAGCAUCGCAGACCUAUCCGCAACAAUGUUCCAGCUUACGCAAGAAUGGCUACGUUCUUCUGAAACAGAGACCGUGUAAAAUCGUAGAUAUGUCCACGUCGAAAACCGGCAAACAUGGUCACGCUAAGGUUCAUCUCGUUGGCCUGGACCUGUUCAACGGCAAAAAGUACGAAGAUAUUUGUCCCUCCACUCACAAUAUGGAGGUGCCCAACGUGAAGCGAAAGGACUACCUUUUGAUUGAUAUCGACGCGAAUAACUACUUGACCCUGUUGGAAGAUGACGGAGCAAUUAAAGACGAUUUAAACCUACCAACUACUGACAUCGGCAAAGAAAUAAGCGAUAAGCACAAAAGCGAUCAGGCCCUUGUUCUUACUGUGUUAUCAGCUAUGGGUGAAGAACAAGUAGUAAGUUAUAAAUUGGAUAAUAAUAAAUAAUGGAUUAAUGAGCCAAGAGGAAAAAAACUGAACCUAUGCAAGCUAUGGUCACUUUUACACUAUAAACUGAAGCAAUUAAACACCAACACACAAUAAUUAAUCUCUCCUCGUCAACAGUUAAAGGACAAUCUUUAUUUUCUCAAUAUAAUACUGUAAAUGAUAGCAGCUAAUAGACUUAUUGGCAGGUUCUCUUUCUAAUUAUCUGUCUCUUAUUUUUCUCUCUCUACUCUAAAUCUCUUGAAUAAUGCGCGCACGCUCGCACACACAUUCACUCACUCAGCCGUAGUUUAAUUAAAAUCUUAAUCUUAAAUUGAGCCAAAGAUAUUUAUUUUUAAAGAAGGAAAAAAACACACAAGUUAAAAAAAGAAAAAAAAAGCAAAUGAAUCAAGCAGGGAACGGCGCAAAGUAAAUGGAGACACUCACAAAAAAAGAAAAAAGGGGAUAAAAGCGAUGUGAGUUGAUGGAAAAACCCUCAACAAGUCAAGGAUUUCAAAAAAAAAAUCUUCAUCGCCCUCACCUGUUUUUUUUUUUUUUUUUUUUUUUUUUCCAAAACUCUGAAAGUUGCCUCCUUCUUCUUCUUCUUCUUCCAAAAUUGCCAUUCAUUUAUGAGAGAGAGAAGAAAGACACACAAAAAAAAAUGAAAACUGAAGAAUAUUUCACGAUCCGACGACGACGAUGGGAAGAAAAAAAAAUGAUUUUUUUGGAAAAAAAGAAAAAAAAUGAUUUUUUUUUUUUUUCUCUCUCCUUCUUCAAAAUACUUCAACAUAAAUUGAAAGAAAAAGUGCAGAAAAAUCCACGGAUUUCUUGGUAUGUUCCGUUUGUUACAACUGGAAAUUGUUAUGAAUCUCUCUUGUACGCUUUAGUCUUUAAUUAUGGGGUAUCAGUUCUGUAAUAGACCAAAUUUUUUUCCCUUUUUUUCCUACCUUUUUUCAAAUAUUAUUUGACUGAUCACCUCAUUUCUAGACAAAAAGCUCAGAUUUGAUAACGAAUCAGUCGUAAAAAGGCUAACCAACAUUACUACUACUACUACCUACUAGUACUACUUAACUACUACUACUACUAACUAUAGAUUUACACACACAGAAAGAAAGAAUGAAAAAAAAAAACAGAAAACACCUCCUUUUAAUUAAUUAUUGAUAUAUUAUCACAUAACAAAAGAAUAUAUCCAUCUUCAUAUUUCUUAAUUUGUAUAAAAAAGAAAUAUAGGCUGUUCAUAAUAUAAGUAAAGGUGGGAACUUUAACUUAACAAGGCUAAAUGGCUUUUUUAAAGAAAAACUCCAAAAAUGUGGUCUCAAAGACUUCCUUGGAGUGUUUUGGUUGACCUGCUUGAACAUUUAUGCAUGCUUUAACACAACAUAUAUAUAUAUGUGUAUAUAUAUAGAUAUAUAUGUGUAUAUAUAGAUAUAUAUAUGUUAUAUAUGAUAUAUAUAUAUGUAACAUUCUCUCUUUUGUAUUUUUUUUCCUCCUUCCUUCCUCUUAUAAAUAAUAAAGUGGUUUGUAUUUUCUCCUAAGGGCCAAACAUUUGAGUUAUAUUAAAAAAGAAUUGAACAUAA